AAUCGGUGUUUACAUUUUUUCAGUUCUUUGUAAAUAAUUGUUACUAUUUGGAUGAUUACAACUGAAUUAAAUUUAAUUUGUUUUCACUUUUUUUCUGUUUAUAAUUUAGCGAAUUACUUGUUUGAAUUGAAUAACCAUGUCGGCAAAUACGGUUGUCGAUCCACCUAAAAAGCGUUUUUAUCGACAAAGAGCUCAUACUAAUCCGAUUGCUGAUCAUUGUUUUGAUUAUCCUGUUAAACCAGAUGAAAUGGAUUGGACUAAAUUGUAUCCUGAUUAUGAUUCAAAUGGUGAUAAAAAAGUUGAACUUCUUGAUGUUGGCUGUGGAUAUGGAGGUUUACUGGUUACAUUGGCUUCGGUUUUCCCGGAUAAAUUAUCACUUGGAAUGGAGAUCCGAGUAAAAGUUUGUGAUUAUGUUCAAGACCGAAUCAAAUCAUUACGAAGUGAAUUUCCUGAUGAAUAUAAUAGAAUUGCUUGUAUUCGUAGUAAUGCAAUGAAAUAUUUACCAAAUUACUUCUCAAAAGGACAAUUAAGUAAAAUAUUCUUCCUAUUUCCUGAUCCUCAUUUUAAAAAGACUAAACAUAAAUGGAGGAUAAUUAGUAAAUCAUUGUUAGCUGAUUAUGCUUUUCUUUUACGUGUUGGUGGAAUUGCUUAUUUUGCCACUGAUGUUGAACAAUUAUACACAUGGAUGGAUAAUCAUUUCAAGGAACAUCCACUUUUCACCCAAUUAACUGCCGAUGAAAUUUCAAGUGAUCCAAUUUUCGCCAAAUUAUUUGAUUGUUCCGAAGAAGGUAAAAAGGUUACUCGUGCUGGUGGAAAAAAAUUUGUCGCAGCCUUUAAACGAAUCGAAGAUCCAUUUUUAGGCUGAAAAAAAAAAUUAAUCAUCAACAAUAAUUCCAAUCCAACACUAACAAUCAACUUAAUCAUAAUUUCAUAAAAUCAAAUGAACAAAACAAAACAAAACAAAAACAAAUCAAAAGUUCAACUCACCAAAACCAACACCAUCAAUAAAACUCCUCUAAACUCAUGACAAUUAUCAAUUAGCAAUUGAAAUUUUCUCAAAUAAAAUUAAAAAAAAUUUGUUUAUUACAAAAGGAAACAAA